AUGGCGGCCACCACGUCCACGCGGCACUGCGCGCGCUCAUCGAGAAUUCUAGCGACUGCCCUCGCGUUCCCAGCAACAGCAACAACAAGUCGCGAACUCACGCUCCCAUCCUUCCUCGUUCCAGCGUUCGCUCAAAGACAACCGCAACGCCAACAACAGACCUCACACUUCUCCACGACUCCAACAUGCGCGUCCAAACUCGGCAAAAUGCCGCUCUCUCUGCCCCCCGGGGUCACCUUUAAUGUCAUCGAGCCACCCCUCCCAUCUCACAAUGGUCGCGUCAGCAGAAGUCCACCCGGCGCAAAAGUCGAAAUCGAGGGCCCAUUGGGGAAAAUGAGCAUGACGGUGCCUCCGUAUGUGCGCAUUAGAUCCAACGAUGAGACCAGAACACAUACCGUGAGUAUCGCGGAUACUGAGGACAAGAAGCAGAAAGCAAUGUGGGGCACCGUACGAGGAUAUCUGCAAAAUCACAUUCUGGGCGUCAGUGAAGGACAUGCCGCCAUCUUGCGCCUGGUGGGAGUUGGAUAUCGAGCCACGAUCGAGGAGAGUGCUGUGACGAAGAAGCCAGAAUAUGAAGGCCAGCAAUUCGUGUCGCUCAAGGUGGGAUACUCGCAUCCCAUUGAGCUAGGAGUACCCCGGGGCGUGAAAGCGAGCACACCGCAGCCGACGAGAAUAUUGUUAGAGGGCGUCGAAAGAGAAGUCGUGAUGCAAUUCGCGGCAGAGAUUCGCGCCUGGCGGAAACCAGAACCAUACAAGGGCAAGGGAAUAUUCGUGAAUGAUGAGACGAUUAGGCUGAAGGCGAAGAAGAUCAAGUAG